AUGCCCUUCUGCUUGGUGUUUCAACUUCUUUUGCUCUCAUCUCGUCUCAUUCCUAUCCACCCCAACUGGCGGCAACUCUACCCCUACAUCCGAGACGCUGCAACCUUCACUCCUCCGCCCACCUCCACCUUAUCCGCCUCCUCCGCCCCCUCCGCGCCCACCCCUACGUUCGACUACAUAGUGGUGGGAGGCGGUGCAGUGGGGUGCCCCCUGGCCGCCACGCUCUCAAAGGGCUUUUCAGUGCUGCUGCUGGAGAGAGGAGGCGUGCCUUAUGACCAGUGCGCACUUCCCUUCUGCGCACUUCCCUUCGUGCGCACUUCCCUUCUGCGCAUUUCCCUUCGUGCGCACUUCCCUUCUGCGCACUUCCCUUCGUGCGCACUUCCCUUCUGCGCACUUCCCUUCGUGCGCACUUCCCUUCUGCGCACUUCCCUUCUGCGCACUUCCCUUCGUGCGCACUUCCCUUCGUGCGCACUUCCCUUCGUGCGCACUUCCCUUCGUGCGCACUUCCCUUCGUGCGCACUUCCCUUCGUGCGCACUUCCCUUCGUGCGCACUUCCCUUCGUGCGCACUUCCCUUCGUGCGCACUUCCCUUCGUGCGCACUUCCCUUCGUGCGCACUUCCCUUCGUGCGCACUUCCCUUCGUGCGCACUUCCCUUCGUGCGCACUUCCCUUCGUGCGCACUUCCCUUCGUGCGCACUUCCCUUCGUGCGCACUUCCCUUCGUGCGCACUUCCCUUCGUGCGCACUUCCCUUCGUGCGCACUUCCCUUCGUGCGCACUUCCCUUCGUGCGCAGCCCGAGGGCGGCUGUACUUUUGGAUACCUCACUACCUCCUUCUCCCCUCCCUUCUUCCCACUCCUCACCCCCCUCCCUCGUCCUACCUCCCUCCCUCCACUCCAGAACUCAGUGUACCGAAGGGAGGCCUUCCCUUACGUGCUCAGCACGAGGCUGGCUGCACCUGUGCUGCCCACUUACUCGCAGCCCCUGCUCCCUCUCCUCCUUCGCACUUUCGUCCCCCUCUUCAUCCCUCCCUACCCCCCCCCCAGCCCUUGUGCUUCUACCAGUGUAUCGUCGAGAGGCCUUCCCUAUGUGCUCAGCACGAGAGCAUCAGUUCCCUUCUGGUCAGAGGAUGGCGUGUGGAACCGACGGGGCAUCGUGCUGGGUGGUGGCAGUCUCGCACCCCUUACCCCGUCGUCCUCCUCUUUGCAUCCCUCCCUCACCCCCCCUUCCCCCUCGCUCUCCAGCCUACGGUAUACCGUCGAGAAGCAUUCCCUUACGUGCUCAGCACGAGGGGCGGCUGUGCCCUUGGUUGCCCCACUAACUCCCCUCCGCGGUACCCCCAUCCUCCCCUCUCCCUUAUCUCUCCCCCCAGCCUUCAGUGAACCGCAGAGAGGCUUUCCCCUACGUGCUCAGCACGAGGGGCGGCUGUGCCCUUCCGGUCGGAGGAUGGAGUGUGGAACGGGAUUAUGCUGGGAGGUGGCAGUCACGCACCCCUUUCCCCUCGUCCUCCUCUUUGCAUCCAUCGCUUACCCCACCCCUCCACCCCCCCACCCCCCCUCUCUCCAGCCUUCAGUGUACCGCAGAGAAGCAUUCCCCUAUGUGCUCAGCACGAGGGCGUCUGUGCCCUUCCGGUCAGAGGAUGGAGUGUGGAACCGGAGGGGAAUUGUGCUGGGUGGUGGCAGCUCUGUCAACGCUGGCUUCUACAGUCGCGCAUCAGCGGAUUUUGUCCAGGCGGCAGGGUGGGACCCUGUGAGGGUGCGGCAGGCCUUUGAGUGGGUGGAGGAGAGAAUCGCCUUUGUGCCGCAGCAGCAGCCGGGGGGCUGGCAGCAGGCGUUCAGGAAUGGCAUGCUGGAGGCGGGGCUGGGGCCGUGGAGGGGACAGACGCCCGAGCACGUGAUUGGCACUAAGCUGGCGAACAGCAUAUUUGACAGCAACGGCACAAGAAGGACAGCAGCGGACCUGCUCAAGGCAGGAGACCCGACGCGGCUGACAGUGCUUGUGUACGCCACAGUGCAACGCAUCCUGCUGGACACCACUACUGGCACCCCACGGGCAGCAGGAGUGGUAUUCGUAGACAGCACCAACCGCCGCCACAUCGCUCGUUUAAACCCAGGAGGCGAGGUGCUGCUGGCAGCGGGGGCGCUGGGGUCGCCUCAGCUGCUGCUGCUGAGCGGGCUAGGGCCAAGAGAGAAGCUGGAGCCUCUGGGGGUGCCGGUGGUGGUGGAGGUGCCGGGGGUGGGCGUUAACGUGACUGAUGUGCCAAUUAACGGCAUCAAUAUUCUGUCUCCCAGGCCUGUUGAGGAGUCGUCCCUGCAGUUCGUGGCUGUGACUCCAGAGGGAAACAUCAUAGAGGGCGCAUCUGGAUCAAACCACACGCUCAGCUGGCCGGGAGCAGGCGAGCUCAACACAGCGCCGCCCAUGAACCGCACGGGGCAGACAGAGGCAAUGAUCGAAGCCGUGCUGCCGUACAUCCCCGGGGUUAUUCAGGAUGCUCUGAAUCAAGCAGGAUUCAUUCUGCACAAGGUCUUCCUGCCUGCCUCUCGAGGCUCCCUCACCCUCGCAUCCCUCAAUGCCUCAGACAACCCCAUCGUGCGCUACAACUACUUCUCCGCUCCUGAGGACGUGGCAACGUGUGCGAGGGGAGUGCAGCUGCUCGCCAAGAUAGUCAAUUCCACUGCCAUGGCGCCCUUCCGCUACGACACCCCGCCCGUCGCCCUCUUCCUUCUUGACCCAACUGCUGCACUCGUCACGCCAGGGAACUUUCGAGGAGCUUCCCCUGCUCUUCCAGACGUCUCCAACUUUACUGCCUCUGCCCAGUGGUGCAAGGACACCGUCACGGUUAUUUGGCAUUUCCAUGGGGGCUGUCACAGGGGCGUGUGUGUGGACAGCAGCUACCGCGUCAACGGCGUGCAGGCGCUGCGCGUGGUGGAUGGGUCGACCUUUCUCACCUCCCCUGGAACCAACCCCAUGGCCACAUGCCUCAUGCUCGGGAGGUUUAUUGGUUUGAACCUUCUUGAAGAAAGGGGCUUCAACUCCUCAGUAGCAUGA